UCUUUACAUUUUUUGUGACAAUGGAUGACAGAGAUAAAGCUCAGCAUAAUAUGAUAUCCAAUUUGCCGCUUUUGUUUGCAAAUGGAUACCCCACGUCGCUUGAAAAAAUAAGCGAAUCACAAUUAGAAAGUUUUAUUCCAUUUAUGGUACAGUGCUCUUUGGGCCAUAUAAACUUACCAAAAAAAAUUGACUGCAGUGAGCCCGAGUGGUGGCCGGAAAACGCACCUUUUGGAAUUCCGUUAAAAAAACCAAACGAUUUUGUUGGGAGCUGGAUGGAAAAAAUGAAAGAAAUUGUAGUAAUUUGCUAUCAAUUUCACAAAAGCUUAUUUUUAUUACGAUUUUGUAAUGAUUUAGCUGCAUAUGAACAUGCAAGCUUAAGAUUUAUAAACAAUUAUAAUUCAACAACCUCGCUAUAUGAUAGAAGAAACAACAAAUUGUUGGUAACAUUUCGGAAUGAAAACAUGUCAUAUGACAGACAGCAAAAAAAUAGAAAAUGCUUGUUACUUCAACAAAAAAAUUUGACUACAUCUAUUGAUAAUUUACAACAUAUGAUGGUGGAACCACCACCUUUUGAUAUAUAUCUUUGCGACAAUUGUGAUGCCGAACUUUAUUCUAAACAAGCUAUAUUGGAACACGAAAAUAUUUGUUGCAUGGAGGAUGAUGUAAUAGUUUGCGACUCCCCGGAGCCUGAAAUUAAACAUGAAGGAAAAAAUGAAAACGACGAAUUGCGGAAUGCUUUUCUUUUGAAUUUUAGCCUUCAAUCUAAAUUUUCGGAAUCUCGUUUUCCUAAUGAUAUACAAAAAACAUACUUAUUUAGUGAAGAAAAAUUCAUGGAUUCAACGGGGAGAAAUAGACGGCUACCAUCGCGAAGAAAUCGAAACGUACACUCAUUUAAUAGAUGUUCUUUUAUCCCAAUAUCAUCACCAGCAGGACAGAAACUAUUAAGAACUACAAAACAAACAGUAUCUGUGGAAUAUAUGUCCGAGAGGCAGGAACGUCUUGACCGAUUUUGUUACACUCCCUUAAUUUUAAAAUCAAGUACUAAACAAAAAUUUUUCGAAAAAAAAACAAGCGGUAACCACAUUCAUUGUACUUUUAAAAAAUCCCACGAACAUAAUUUUCAUAUAUAUUCAUUUCCCCGUCGUCAAUUUGGAAAACGGAGAGAUAUAACUCAAAACUUUUUGUUUCUGAAUUCUCCGUUACUUAAGCAAUGCCGUCCAAUUUCAGUCAGAUUAAAAAAAAUUUCUGAACAUGUACUUGGAGAUCAAAUUCCCAUUACAAAUGCAAAACUUAACAUUAGACUUACUCGCAAUAAUUCGCUUAACUCUAAUUGGAGAAUUUCGCCAUCUAGCGAAGUCAUUCUAGACACUAUUGAUUUAUGCUCAUCAGAUGAUGAGCAACAGGAGCAAACUAUUGUGUAUCCGAAAAUACUUGGUUCUGAUGCACUUGCUAUAAUAUCACUUACGCAUAAAAACAGACUGUCCAGUAAAAAAGCUGAUGUAUUAAGCCAAACAAAAUUUCAUAUGGAACCACAAACAUUAGAUGAUAACACCAUCAAACCGCUCCAACAAUCUGUGUAUAUAUUUUCCAAUUACAAGGCUAACUCAGUUUUAAGUCGUUGCGCUGCUGAUUCGAAAUCAAAUCAGUCACUAGUAUCUUUAAAUACAUCGAAUACAUUUUCUGAUUCUCAAAUCCACCCAAAAGAAUAUAAUCAAGAGAACUGCAAUUUUUCAAAGAAUUUAAUAGCUGUUACUGAUUGGUACGCACAUUCAGCUACUUCCGAAAAAACACCAAUAAGCCAAACAACUGACAGUAAUACAUUUGAAUCCCUUUCGGCAGUCCAACCAUACAAUAGUAGUGGGCGCAUAAUUUCUAUUGAUUUGACAACAUAAAAAAUGUCAUCUCUAAGUUAUCAAAGUAUAUUGUUAUUUUAAAAGGACAAAAACACACCCAAUAACUGCAAUCAAAGUGUAUUCCUCGAAAUAUGAAAAGAAAGUGCAAUUUUUGGUUGUACUAGGGAAUUCUUAAAUAAAAAGAAACGAAAUAUUUUUAA